UAGACAGCGCUGGAGAACGGUUGUAAGUCGCACUCUUCGCACGAGCUUAAAGCUACAGUUAAGCUUAAUAUUGAGCUUUAAAUCACACACAAAUACACACGUAGACAAUGAGCACCGAAACUGUCAGCCCUGGCGGUGGCGGUGGCGGCGGCUUUCGCUGCACUCGCAAACUGACAUUGGCCAUGAGCGGUGGUGUGUUAAUUUUAGUGAUCGCAUUGACAGUUGGCCUCUGCGUUGGACUCAGCGGCAGCGAUGGCUUAAUAGAGGACCCGCCCGCCUUUAGCGUUGAUCAUAAGGCGAAUACAUUUCUGUUGAAUGGUAAACCAUUUCGUUAUGUCUCCGGUUCUUUUCACUAUUUUCGUGCCCUGCCCGAUGCCUGGCGAAGUCGGUUGCGCACCAUGCGAGCAGCUGGCCUCAAUGCCUUGGAUACUUACGUUGAAUGGUCGCUACACAAUCCACAUGAUGGCGAAUACAACUGGGAAGGCAUAGCCGAUGUAGUUAAGUUUCUCGAAAUAGCUCAAGAAGAGGACUUCUAUAUCGUGCUCCGACCCGGACCCUAUAUCUGUGCGGAGCGUGAUAAUGGAGGUCUGCCGCAUUGGCUCUUCACCAAAUAUCCGGACAUCAAAGUGCGAACCAACGAUCCCAACUAUAUCAAGGAGGUUGGCAUAUGGUAUGCAGAGCUAAUGCCACGUCUGAAGCAUUUGCUCAUUGGCAACGGGGGCAAGAUCAUAAUGGUUCAGGUUGAGAAUGAAUAUGGUGCAUAUUAUGCCUGUGAUCAUGACUAUUUGAAUUGGUUGCGGGAUGAGACCGAUAAGUAUGUAGAGAACAAGGCGCUGCUAUUUACAGUGGACAUUCCCAAUGAACGGAUGCACUGCGGCAAGAUUGACAAUGUAUUUGCCACCACAGACUUUGGCAUCGAUCGCAUAAAUGAGAUCGACAAUAUUUGGAAGUUGCUGCGCGGCGUACAACCGACAGGUCCGUUGGUCAAUUCGGAGUUCUAUCCUGGCUGGUUAACGCACUGGCAAGAGAUGAAUCAGCGACGCGAUGGUCAGGAAGUGGCCAGUGCUUUAAAAACAAUACUCAGCUAUAAUGCCAGCGUCAACCUGUACAUGUUCUUUGGAGGCACCAAUUUCGGUUUCACUGCCGGCGCCAACUAUGAUCUGGAUGGUGGCAUUGGAUAUGCGGCGGAUAUAACCAGCUAUGACUACGAUGCAGUUAUGGAUGAGGCGGGUGGAGUGACCAAGAAAUAUGAGCUCGUCAAGAAGGUGAUUGGUGAAGUGCUGGAAUUGCCGGAGAUAGCGCUCAAUCCUGCCAAGCGUUUGGCCUAUGGCAGAGUGGAGUUGACGCCAGCAUUGGAGCUGCUCUCGGCAGACGGCCGUGCUGUCUUGUCCAAGGGCAAGCCCGUGAUUUCUGACAAACCCAAAUCCUUCGAGGAAGUUGAUCAGUAUUCAGGACUGUUGUUGUAUGAGACAACGCUACCAAGCAUGGAUCUGGAUCCGACUCUAUUGCAGGUCGAGGAGCUGCGAGAUCGUGCCCAUGUGUUUGUGGAUCAACAGCUGGUGGGCACACUGUCCAGGGAGGCGAGAAUCUAUGCUCUGCCAUUGAGCAAGGGCUGGGGCAGCACCCUCCAGUUGCUAGUGGAGAACCAGGGGCGGAUUAACUAUGAUCGCGCCAACGAUACCAAAGGCAUCUUUGGCAAGGUGACGAUGCAGCUACACAAUGGCGGUGCCUUACAGCUGGACAACUGGACCACCACUGCCUAUCCCCUGGAGGCGUACACCAUAGAAGCCUGGCGGCAGCAGCGUCAAAACUUAGCCGCAGAUUCCGCAGUUCCCAAUCAACGCUUGUUGCGCUCCGGACCGAUUGCCUAUACGGGAAGCUUUGAAGUAAAUGAAGUGGGAGAUACUUAUCUUAAUGUCGCCGGCUGGGGAAAGGGAGUGGCCUAUGUAAAUGGCUUCAAUCUGGGACGCUAUUGGCCUUUAGCUGGGCCACAAAUCACUCUGUAUGUGCCCAAUGAACUGCUCAAAGUGGGUCAAAACUCUCUGGUGCUAUUGGAGUAUCAACGGGCUAAUAAAACCGUCAACGGUUCGGAGCUGCCGGCGGUGCAAUUCGAUGCAGUGGCUCAGCUGGACGGAGAGUCCAGUGAGGCGCCUCAAAUUGCCAAGAAGUAAACACUAUUUUAAUUAUCUUUUAUAAUUUACAAGCGUUUUUUUAUUCAAUUAGAAGCAAUUUUUUGAUUUUGCUGUCACCAUGACAAACUAAUCUUAUUUGUUAAUAUUACAAUAAACAUUGCUUAACUAAUUCAAAUUGUUAAUUUCA